ACCCCCUCCGGCCCGCAGGACGCAGCAGCUGCUGCCGCAGCAGUGCCCGCCUCUGCCCCGCGCUGACCAUGCCCCGGUGUGUGCUGUGGUGGGGCCUCGCCCUGCUGGGGGCCCUGCAGGUCCAGGCCAAGCCCCCCUCCCAGCCGGACCGGGUCCCGGCUCCGUCCCUGCUCAAGAUCCCUCUGCAGCCCGACUUCGAGGAUGACCAGUUCCAGGGGAAGUGGUACGUGGUGGGUCUGGCGGGGAACAACGUCCACAAAGAAACUGAAAACCAGACUAAGAUGUACGCCACCGUCUACGAGCUGGAGGACGACGGCAGCUACAACGUCACUUCCAUCCUGCAGCGGGAGGAGCACUGUGAUAUCUGGGUCAGAACCUUCGAGCCCAGCUUCCAGCCUGGCCAGUUCAACCUGGGCAACAUCCAAAACUACCCCCAGCUGCUGAGCUACACCGUGCGUGUGGUGUCCACGGACUACAACGAGACAGCCAUGGUGUUCUUCAAGAAAGUGGGCAGGGACCACAGGGAGCACUUCAAGGUCACCCUCUACGGGCGGAACAAACUGCUGAAGCCUGAGCUGAAGGACAAUUUCAUCCUUUUCGCCAAAUCCCUUGGCCUCAGAGACAACAACAUCGUCUUUCUGGUCCCCAAUGAUCAGUGCAUCGAUUAAGGAGUAAAAGCAGGACCAGGCUGAAGGGAGCCAGGGGGCCCACUUUUGCCCUCCCCCUCCUGUCUGUCCACCCGGUCCUGUCUUCCUCCCGCCAGCCUCAGCCACAUGCCACCACCGUGCUCCCAGGCCCGUGCUCCCCUCAGCACUACUGACCGCCCCCCUCGCCUGCUAAAUAAACAUG